UGAUCACAUUGGCAGGCAGUCUGCAGCCCACUUGGCGCUUUGGCCGUGUGUGUACAUUGGUGCCAUGGGGUGCACCACCUCAAGGCAGGCCCGUCACGACCUCCGGUACUGCCCGUCACCGCUGCCGCGCAGCCAGUCGUUCCCGGCUCGGUGCCCCAGCGACGUCGGCGUCCACGUGGUGCGGCUCACGUCGUCCACGCUCGGGUCCCUGGAGCUGGACAAGGCCCUGCCGCGGGCGCCGGAGCCCGCGCCCACGAGGCUGGCGCCGCGCACGCCCACCAUGACGCCGCCCAACGAGCCCGAGGACAUCGACGCGUGGGCGCUCAUGGCCGGCCUCGAGGACCGCUCCCCGCUGCUGGGCGCGCCGUUCGGGCGCCACUCCUUCUCGUUCCCGGUCGCCACGGCGCCUGCGCAGGACCUCGCGGCGUCCGCCAAGGUGACGCCGCUGCCGAUGCCGAUGCCUCGGCCCGACGCCGCCCCGACGAGCGGCGGGGAGGGGAAGGCGCUGCCGCCGCGGAGGGCGGUGCUCUACUUCACGUCGCUGCGCGGCGUGCGCGCCACGCACGAGGACUGCUGCCUGGCGCGCGCCAUCCUCAAGGGCUACGGCGUGCGCCUCGACGAGCGCGACGUGUCCAUGCACCGCGGGUUCCGGGACGAGCUCCGCGGCCUUCUCGGCCUCGGGCUCGGCCAAGCCGGCGGCACGCCCGCCGCCCUCCCCAGCCUCUUCGUGGACGGGGAGCUCGUGGGCAACGCCGAGGAGCUGAAGCGGCUGCACGAGGCCGGGGAGCUCGCGCCGAGGCUGGCCGGGUGCGAGAGCGCUGCGUCGACGGCCGGCCCACACGGCGGCGACGCCGGCGCGUGCGAGGCCUGCGGGGACAUGCGGUUCGUGCUCUGCGAUGUCUGCUCGGGCAGCUGCAAGGUGUACGUGGGUGACGAAGACGAGGCGGAGGAGGAGGAGGAGGGCGACGAAUGCGGCGGCGGGUUCCGGCGGUGCACGGAGUGCAACGAGAACGGCAUCGUGAGGUGCCCCGUGUGCUGCUGCUGAGAGCCGAGACGUCCGCGGGGUUGGAUACGCGACGUGACAGUGAGCAUUAUUGUUUUUUUUCGCUCCCCUGCGUGCAACGCAGCACUUGGGUUUGGUGUGGGGCACGCUAGCCCCUGUGUGUUUUUUUUUUUUUGUGAAUGGUCUUCAGUAAUUUGCGUGCGUGAUCUACGGCGCGAGGCGAUCGUGCUGCCAGUGUCUGGAUAUCCGAUCUCUGGAUUGCACUACAUGUUAAGAGUACAUGUCAGUGCCCCCAUUCAUUGGCGUUUCCAGAAGAACCAACCAACCUUCUCC